GUGUUUUUAAUGAUACCUUGUUUCUAGUAAUAUUAUGUUAUGAGUAGUCUGUCUCUAGUAGUAUUAUGUUACUAGUAAUUGUUUCUAGCUAUAUCAUGGUUUAGGUAAUAUCCUGUACCACAAAUAACCUUAGUCCAGGUAGGUCUUAUAGCGACGGUAUCAAUGUGUCAUUGUAUGCCCGUCUCUUGGUCGUUAAAUCAUUACAUACUUGAGUAGGGAGUUGUUACGCUAGACUCAGUGCGGAUUAGUGCGGCGUAUCAAGUGGUACCUCAACGCCUUCAUCCACAAUGUCUAUAGGUCAAUCGAACAAAGGCCUACCGAUCGUGGUUCGCCCCACCGGUACUCAUCGGCUAGAUCUUCCAGAACGAGGAUGUAAUUCGAGAGUCCACCUGUCCGAAGAUGGCCGCACCGUGCUCAAAUCUCCGUCAUUGUUCUCUUGCGAGGGCUGUGACGAAAAGACGACAGAGAGAAUGAGAUACCUGGAAGAGGAUUCAGCCAUGCUUAUAUCGCGCGAGGCGGAAAUAUACCGGCAUCUCGGCUCCCAUGAAGGGAUUCUGCCUUGUCUCGAGAUCUCCGCCGAAGGGCUUAUAUUCCCUUAUAUGAAGAACGGAAGCCUCCGGACGUAUCUGAGGACGCGAAAGGGGGAGAUUGAUUCGUCCAUGAGGAUGCGCUGGGCGAGAGCGGCCGUGAGCAGCCUGGUGUAUAUCCAUUCCAAGGGUGUCCUGCAAGGCGACGUGAGUGCCAAAAACAUACUUGUUGCCGAUGAUCUGUCUUUGUUGUUGCACGACUUUGCUGGGUCUGCGCUGGGCGAUCUGUCAGCUAGCGUUCUCCCGGAGUCCCGUUACUGGAAACAGAACGUCGCAGACCGAUGGGACGUAACCGCUGCUACAGAAACGUUUGCUAUUGGAAGUCUGCUGUAUGAAAUCUCGACUGGUACGCUGGUGUAUGAAGAUAUUGAGGACAGCGAUUCUAUCGAGGCUCUUUUUCGACAAGACAUCUUCCCACCUACCGCUGACAUUAUGCUUGGCGAUGUGAUCGAAAAAUGCUGGAUGGGCCAUUUUGAGACUUCAUCACAGGUCUUAGAUGCGAUUGAGGUCGCCGUUUCCCAAGAGUCAUGACGCGACUCGCUACAAAUGAGAGACUUGGCUAGUACGGUUAAUAAGUUUAGAUAGAACGAACGAUUUGACCAUGAAGAAGUACUCUGGGGACUGUAUCUGCCUGCCAUCUCCUCCAUCCUUACUUGCACGGGCAUGCACUGACCAGAGAGGCGCAUCGAAGAAUGUCUACCAGAUGUGAGGGGUCAGCGGGCGGGACUUC